GUUGUUCUGACUGAAGGCACGAUUCCAAGUCCUUAUUAUGCUGUAUUCAUACGUAUUCUAAUGGACACCGUUAGAAAUGAAAUAGCCGUAUGCAUUGAGCGUGCGUUCAAGCGAGUUUCAUUGAAAGAUGCCACGCAGUUGUUGUUAUUCAACAAUGAGAAAGACUUGAUUGCGUUUACUUCGAAACGCGGUUGGAAGAUGGAAAAGAAUAUCUUCUUGUUCGAUAUCGAGAAGCCAGUCGAACCGCUGCCAAAGGCACAUCUGGACACGAAACGAAUCGCAAAGCAAACGAUAUUUUAUGCAAAGCAACUCGAGAUGAUUGUUUAA